AUGGCAGGGUUGGAGGAGCAACAGAUCAGUGCUAAACCUGGCUGGCUCGCACUCGCCAGGGUCAAGAACCUCGGCUCAGCCAUCCCCAGCCCUUUGCCAUCAAAACCCGAAGCCAUCAUGGAGGUAAAAGAGGAUGGUUCACAGACGUUCCGUCAAGCAGACGUGUUUGUUCUUCCUUUCUCCAUCCGGGUCCUUUCUACCCUCCCCAUCCGUUUCAACAGCACGCUCGUCGUUGCUGCCUCCUCUUCCUCAUGCCCCAUAAUCCCGAAAGGCAUCAUCCACACCGACGACCAACUUGAAGAUGCUUUGUUGGCCCCGCCAUCAGCUCCAGCUCCAGUCCCAACCCCGCUAGGCAGCGCCAGCAACAAGAGGCGUGGACACCUUUGCUUUUGCUGCAUCUUCCUCUCUGCAUAUCAGAUUGGGUCUAGUGAUAUGGAUAUCGUCGACAAUGUUGAUGUCUUCGACGCCCGCAAGCAAGAUCUCCAGGCAAGCCCCUUCUUUAGGUUUCCUCCGUUUUGCACAACCAGGCAGAUUCUGACUGCCCUUCUGCUGCCCCGUCCAGUACUCUCAUCGCAGAAGAUCAGCAUGUCCAGCCCAGACACCCCAUCACUCACAUGCUCGCCCUCGUCCACCAACUCUGCGGGCGAUUGUACAAUCCAGAUGACCCCGUUAGAGGACAGCGGCUUCCCCGCAUGCCCAUCAUCGCACUCAUGGCUCAAUGUCACCCUCGCCGCCUCCACCGCCUCUUCAUCCUGUUCAUCGUUGACAUUGGCACCUGAACAGCAUUACGGACUCCUCGAAGCUCCAAGUGUUCGAACAGCGUCGCCUACACUGAUGAUGACACCACUGCCUUUUGUUGUCACCCACCAGAACACCACAAGGCCAAGUGGAAGGCGUACCUCUCUCGCGCUGCGAGCAGGGUCGCCUUCGAUCUGGCCAUGGCAGCGCAGAGGGCUGCAGAAGGUGUGGAUGACCCAAUGA